AUGAAGUUUUUCCCAAUCCUUUUAUUGAUCGGUGUGGUAGGCUACACUUUGAACCUGCUGUUCACCACCUGGUUGCCAACCCACUACAUGUUCGAUCCAAAGACUCUGAACCAAAUAUGUAACACGGUCAUCGCCAAACACGACACCACUGCCGAAGACUUUUCUACUGAAGUCCUGCUACAGGACGUCAGAGACGCACUUGCCUCUCACUACGGGGACGAAUACAUCAACAAGUACGUUCGUGAAGAAUGGGUCUUCAACAAUGCUGGUGGUGCCAUGGGCMAAAUGAUCAUCCUGCAUGCAUCUAUCUCAGAGUACUUGAUCUUAUUUGGCACGGCUGUCGGCACAGAAGGUCAUUCCGGUGUCCACUUCGCCAACGACUACUUCACCAUCUUACAUGGUACCCAAACUGCCGCUUUGCCAUAUGCCACCGAUGCCGAAAUCUACACUCCCGGUAUGACCCACCACUUGCAAAAGGGAUAUGCCAAGCAAUACAGUAUGCCUGGCGGCUCCUUCGCUUUAGAAUUGGCUCAAGGCUGGAUUCCAUGCAUGUUGCCAUUCGGAUUCUUGGAUACUUUCUCCAGUACUCUCGAUUUAUACACUCUAUACAGAACUGUCUACUUGACUGCCAGAGAUAUGGGUAAGAACUUGUUGCAAAACAAAAAGUUCUAA